AAAUAAUAUAUCUUUCUUAAAUAACUAAUAUUCUUUAUGUUUUGUGGAGACACGUAUAAUUUGUUCUUUCUAAUUGUUUAGAAUGAAGUUGAUAUUAUGAAGUGGAGAGUGAAGAAACUUAGUUGACGAGGAAGAAGCUUUCAAUUAAUCUUAUCAACAAAGAAUAUUACGCCUUUCACUAUAUGACAUCCACGCCACCUGGCACUUCCAUUGGCUGGCCUUUUUUUUAUGGAAGGGUAAUUUGGUUCAUGUCACAAACGCUGCCGUUUAUAUUUGGCUAGCAUCAUACGACCAGCUUUGGUGGCCGCUCCUUCCGUAACCCCUAUGGCGUCCUCCUUAAACUCACGCCUGUUCAUUGUCUUCUCUCCACCAUAAGCAUCAGACCCCCAUUUUUGUUCGCACCUUCCACUCCUACGCUCCCGUGUUCAGAUGCAGCGUCAAGAGAAAUGGUUUUAAAUUAAAACCCCCAAAAUCUCAACCUCUGUAUGCGUCCGUUUCUGCCGAAUUGCGUCAUUGUCGCUGUCAACAGAAUAAGGUAGGCUGUGACCUCGCUCCGUGGAGAUUAAUUGUUGUUUCUGUUAAUUCUCCGCUGCCAGCAUAAGCAUCGAAUUCGAACCCCAACUUUUUUUGCCCUCUCCACUGUUACGUUCCGUCAUCAGCAGCGGCUUCAAGAGAAAUGGUUCUUUAUUGAAAAUCCCAAAGUCUUAGGCUUCGUACGUUGCUGCUGCAGUUCGUCAUCUACAUUGUCAACAGAAUAAGGUACUCCGGUCGCACAUUCAGCCGUCUCUAUUGUCUGUCGUGGGUCUUAAUUGGUAUUGAGUUUGCUCUCUUUUGCUGUACGGUAAUCCUACCUACGGCCAAUUGUAAUUUCUGGUGGUUUGUUCCUGCUCGACAGUGUCAAGUAGUCAAUCGAUUUAGGAUUUUGCAUUUCGCUACUGCCAGGCCAAAAAGCUAUAGUGAUGUUUGAGUGAGACAGGUGGGUCUGCCGACAAAAUUCUUUCGGUAGAACUCCAGGCUUUGCAAUGGCCCGUAAGCCUAGAUCAUCUCAGGCCUCCACUUCCCACUCAAUCCCACCUGAUAGUCAACCAAUUGGACAAUGUACACUCCUCUUCACGUUCUUAAUGCAUUGCUUGAGAUUGAGUUUAUCAUUUUUUCUCCCUAUCCCUAAAUCCAAUUGUGGGUGCAGGGGAGGGAAGAGCACUACUACGCCAGCCUCAUCCACCGACAACAAAUGAAAUACCUCAAGAGAGACAAUGACUUUCAGCAGGUAAUUUCUUUCAGUAGUAUUUUUCAUUGUUGGUGAACUUUUUCUUAUUUAACAAAAUGGAAAUCAUCGUGCAGUUAUAAAAUCGUUAAAGGCUCAAGUGAAAGAAAUUGAUCGUGUCUUUGCUGCUUCCUCCAUGACCAGACGUCAAUUAAAAAACUUACCAUUGGGACAACAAAGAAUCAUAUGUACUUAUUCUUUGACUGAUUUUUUUAUGUUAUUCAUAUUCACAGCUCUUACCGUCGUUAUGAAAUUAUCCACGUAAUAAUCGGGUUUCCACGAUAUUCACCCUUUGUAUCUUGACUUCUUUGUUUUAAAGCUCAUGAUAUGGUUGUUGCUCGGCUGCGAUCAAAACAUGCAAGGGCAUUGCGCCGUAUUAGUAUCUGUGAGAAAUGCAAAAUCAAAGAUGUUCAGAGACCCUUCUACCGUCAUUCAGGGUAUCCAUGUGUUCAGCCAUACAACAUUGGGGAACCGUCAUGUAUAUGUGAAUUUUGUGGUGCUGUUAUGUGGAGGGAAGAAAGCAUUUACAGAACUAGGAGCCAAGUCACUCCACAAUUUUCAUUAUGCUGUAAUGCCGGAAAAGUGAAGUUACCUCCUCACCGCGAGCCUCCUGAAUUCCUCAAGCAACUAUUGGAAUCAAACAAUUUAGUUGCAGGCCAUUUCAAGGAAUUCAUUCGACCAUACAAUGGAAUUUUCUGUUUCAUAUCUCUUGGAGAGAAGGUGAAUCGAGCAAUUAAUGAUGGUCAUGGUGUUUACGUCUACUCCAUAUCUGGCCAAAUAUACCAUGAUCACUCAUUAUUAUUGAACUUUUGAUUUUCUUUUUAGUAAAUGCGAUUAGGAUUAAGGAAAAAGAAGAUUUGUUUUAAGGUAAAUGCUACAUAAUAAUUAUUUGAAUUUUGCUCUGUGUAAAUUUAUUUUGCGUGGUUAAGGAAAAAACAGAGGCUAUCUAAAGUUGUUUAACUCCUAAAUGAGAUAAUGCUUGCGAAUUGGAUUUUGAGAUUAUAAAGAUGAUAUAUCGUU